AUGUCUUCAGAUACACCAAAGUCGACAAACUCCUCUGGCAUCUCCCAGAGCCCGGCCAAGGGCUACGAAGGUUCCUCAGCUGUGCAACAUCUCGAAACAGUAAUGGAUAGCCCAGACAGGCGCCGCCAUCACUUUAAUGUCUGGAGCACAAUCGGUGUCAACUAUUCCUUGAUAGGGACGCCCCUCAGUAUUGGAACGUACCUUGCAUUUAACAUCGGCGUCGGAGGAAGUCCUGUUUACAUAUUCGGCUACCUUCUAGCCGCUAUUUUCCAAAUGCUCAUUUGCAUCUCACUCGCUGAGAUGGCCGCGGCAUAUCCUCAUUCCAGCGGCCAAGUUUAUUGGACGUCAAUUUUUGCGCCUCGACGAUAUUCACGGGCCCUCAGCUACUGGGUCGGUGCUUUCUCCUCUGCGGCCUGGUUCUUUUGGACUGCCGGCACGUAUCUGUUUGCGGCUCAGCUCCUGCUGGCCACGGCUAGUGCAGCCCAUCCUGGGUACACUUCAGAGCCGUACCAACUGUAUCUCUGCUAUAUUGCGGCGGCGGCCGUCGCCGUUCUCUUCAACAUUCAGCUCUUCAGGUUUUAUACCAUUAUCAUGAGAGGAAUAAUGUUUUAUGUCAAUAUAAGCGCCAUUAUUGUUCUCGUGACUUUGCUUGCAAGAGCAUCGCCAAAGCAAAGCGCCCAGACAGUUUUUGUCGAUUUUGUCAACGCCACUGGCUGGAGCUCUGACGGCUUCGUCUUUCUUCUUGGCUGUCUCCCUGGAAUCACGGCACUAAAUGGCUUCGACUCAGCAACCCAUGUAACAGACGAAAUCCCCGAUCCUGCCAGGCAGGUGCCAAAGGUGAUGAUCUGGACCUAUGCCUUGUCUAGCCUUUCUGGCUUACCCAUGACCAUCAUCUUCAUGUUCUGCGUUGUUAACGGGGAUAACCUCCUGGCUCCAAUCGGAGGGCAGCCUAUCACGCAGCUCUUCUUGGAUUCGACCGCAUCUCUACCACUGACCAUGAUGCUCAUGUCCAUCUACAUCAUCAUGUUCUACAUCGCAAGUGGUUGUAUGAUGACCACCUUCAGCAGAGUACUUUGGAGCUUGGCUAGGGAGCAACAUUUGUUCCUGUCUCCAUGGUUGUGCAGACUUGGUGGUAGGCAUGAGCUUCCUGAGCAUGCCAUAUACGUUGCAACUCUUCUCGCAUCUUUGAUUGGGUUGCUCUGUCUCGGACCAUCUACCGCGUUAAAUGCCAUCCUGGGGUCCGCAGCUGUUUGCUUCUUCUGCAGUUACAUGAUACCAAUUGCCUGCCUUCUGUAUGACAGGAGUCCUCUCCGCAGCAAAACUCGGACAGUAGAUCUUGGGCCCAUUGGCGGUACUCUGAUCAACAUUUUAGCCAUGGCAUGGAUGCUUUUGUUGGGCCUUGUUCUUCUCUUCCCACAGUACAUCCCUGUCGCCCCGGCGACAAUGAAUUACACCAUCGCCGUGUUGGCCGGUGUUGUCCUGGUCUAUAGCGUAAACUGGAUAUGCUACGCAAGGAAGCACUAUCGCGAUCCUCGGGAUGCUCCGAGUGGAAUUAGCCAUGCAUUAGGCGCAGCUGCUUAA